GUGACAUUAUACCUCUCCAACAUAUAUAACAUUACAUGUGAUUCUGAACACUGUAAUUUGUAAAAAGAGUAACAAAUCUAGGAUAUUUCGGUGGUAUAUUGUAUUUCAAAAAAGAAUCGGUGGUAUAUAUAUUCUCUUCCCACAUCACAGUUUAUUUUCUGAUUAUUUCCCUGCAUUUCAUAUAUAUUUUAGAAAAUAAAUAAAUAUAUACAGACUAGUGUAUUCAAACUAUCCUGUUAACAGAAAAUAUUAAGUGGUUCUUAAAAAUAUGUGUGAAAAACAAUUCCAAAAGGUGCAUUUUCUAUUUAAUUCUGCUAAAAAUAUGCUUUAACAAGUGAAAAAUCAUAUUGAGAAAGAAAAAAACACGAAGACUAAUCAAAAACUAACUAGAAGUGUUCCCAAAAUAACGCACAUCCACAUCUGUUUAAAAAAAAGGAACACCAGUUUUGGAUCUAUAGUAUUCUUUCUCUCCACUGAUGAUCAGUAUCAUUACGCUUUGGGUGAAACCAAACGUGGUCUGAAAGAAUAGUUUGCAUGGUUAGGCAUUAUCCCAUCGUGAAACAAACCGUGGUCUGAAAAAUAGUUUGCAUGGUUAGGUAUUUUCCCAGCAAUGGCCAGACCGUCCUGCCAAUCCAUCUUGGGUUCUGGCCGGACAACCCGUCCUCCCCCGGUGAUCUUAUUAUUACUAAAGCUUUCUCGGCCAAGCUUCCGGUGGUUUGCCGACAUGUUCACAGUAAACAACCAUUUGGAUUGUUCAGAGGCGAAAAUGCGAUGAACUAUGCAUUUUCAACAUUCUUGCUCGAGGCAGUUAUUGUUAUUUUCUUCAUCAAAGCCACUUGCUUCAUCCUCCGACCUUUACGUCAACCUCGUAUCGUCUGUGAAAUCAUUGGUGGUAUGAUGAUAGGACCGUCCAUGCUUGGAGGAAGCCGUAAUUUUAGUUACUACGUGUUCCCACCUAUUUCAAACUACAUAUUCACAAACUUGGGACUAAUGGGAUUCUUCUACUUCUUCUUUCUCACUGCGGCCAAAACCGACGUCGCAUCCAUUGCAAAGUCUCCAAAAAAACACAAGUACAUUGCUGCCAUCAGCGUUCUCGUCCCAAUGGUCUGCGUUGGGGCCACGGGGAUGGCCAUGCGUGAGCAAAUGGAUAAAACCAUGGGGAAGCCUUCUUCCGUUGGAGGGAUAGCGUUUGCCUUGGCUUUCAGUUCUUUCCCUGUCAUCUACACCAUCUUAAGAGACAUGAACCUUCUCAACUCUGAGGUGGGGAAGUUCGCCAUGUCGGUGGCUCUCCUUGGGGAUAUGGGAGCGAUCCUCGUGCUUGUAUUUUUCGAGGCUGUCGUUCAAGCAAACGUAGCAGGAGCCAAAGCUGCAGUCUUCUACGUUGUAUCAGUUGUUAUAUUCAGUGCUUUUAUGAUUUUGGUCGUGAAACGAGCAUUUGAGUGGGUGGACGACCAAACACCUCAGGGAAAACUCGUCGACCAAAACUACAUUGUCAUGAUUCUCAUGGGUGUUCUUGUUGCUUGUUUCUUAACGGACAUGCUUGGUUUAUUGAUAGGCACCGGACCUAUUUGGUUAGGGUUAAUAAUCCCUCACGGUCCACCGUUGGGUUCAACGUUGGCUAUUCGGAGCGAGACCUUUAUACAUGAAUUUUUAAUGCCUUUCUCGUUUGGUUUGGUGGGACUCUACACAGAUGUUCACUUCCUUAGCGCUGAUGCUUGGGACCACCAACUAGCUCCUCUUGUAUACAUGACCACGGUUAGCUUCAUCACCAAGUUUAUCUCUGUGGCUGCCGCUGCUGCUUUCUUUAAAGUCCCUACUAGAGACAGUCUCACUCUUGGCCUCAUUAUGAACUUGAGAGGUCAACUAGAUAUCAUGCUCUACUUGCUUUGCUUCAGGAAACAUGUUGUCGGUCUACCCGGUUUUACUCUCUUGGUUUUGCAUACGGUUGUCAUAACAGGAGUAUCAACACCGAUCAUCAGCUUCCUCUAUGAUCCAAAUCGUCCUUACAGGAUCAGCAAGCACCGGACCAUCCAGCACACUCCACCAUCCACCGAGAUGGGUCUUGUUCUUGCCGUCUCCAACCAAGAAGCCUUGUCUGGCUUGAUCACGUUCCUUGAUUUCGCCUAUCCCACUACAAGUAGUUCAUUUGCUAUAUACGCAAUCCAGCUAAUGGAGUUGAUGGGGCGAGCUUCACCAGUUUUUAUAGACCACAAGCUACAAAAAGAGGAGGAAGACAAAGAGGGGGACGAAGAAGAAGGGCGAGUAGACCAAGUGCAAAGCGCCUUUAAGCUGUACCAAAAGAAGAGAAAAGAGUGUGUGACGCUGCAUGCCUACACUGCUCAUGCUCCAAAGCGUCUAAUGUACCAAGAUAUUUGCGAGCUGGCCUUGGCCAAGAAAACCGCUUUCAUUCUCUUACCUUAUCAACGAGAGCGUCUUGAGGACAAUGCACCUACCGAGCUACUUGACCCCGGCAUGCUGUCCGUGAACGCUGAUGUCUUGGCGUACACACCUUGCUCUGUAUGUAUCUAUUAUGGUAAAGGGCGGCUUAGAAACGCCAAGGUUCGGUCCUCGGUUGACCAGCAACAUUCAAUUCUACCGAGCCGUGUGAGGCAAGAAACAUACCGUUUUGUGGUUUUGUUCUUAGGAGGAGCUGAUAACAGAGAAGCUUUGCAUCUGGCAGACAGGAUGACAGCAAAUCCGGACAUUACGUUGACGAUAGUUAGGUUCUUGUCGUUCAACCACGAAGGAGAGGACGUGAGGGAGAAGAAGCUAGACGAUGGGGUGGUGACAUGGUUUUGGGUUAAAAACGAAAGCAAUGAUAGGGUUAGUUAUAAGGAGGUUGUGGUCAAGAAUGGUGCGGAGACGCUAGCUGCGAUCCAAGCGAUGAAUGUCAAUGACUAUGAUCUAUGGAUAACAGGGAGGGGAGAAGGGAUCAACACAAAGAUUCUAGAAGGGCUUGAUGCGUGGAGCGAGGACCACCAGCUUGGAGUCAUUGGAGAAACUGUGGCUGGGAGUAUAUUUGCAUCAGAAGGUUCGGUGUUGGUGGUGCAGCAACAAGUGAGGAAUCAAAAGGGUGGUGAUUGUUUCUUGAACGGCAAGUUUGAUUAUAAAAAUUUAGUGUCUCCUUGGUCAUGUCAUAAUUGAGUAAUUAGAACGGUUGAUUAUCUGAUUAGGUCAUGUUAUACAAUCUGUUUUAAAAACUAAAUCGUAAAACAUUUAUAAAAAUGUACUGAAACAUCAAUCUCUCUUUCUUUCUUUCUUUUUUUUUGUUUUCUUUUCUCGUGAAUGUGUGUUUCUGAAAUGAAAUAGCCAAGAACCAUUCUCUAAGUUGCUUUGGUCUAGUGGUACAGGAGCUCCAGCUGGAGUGUCCACCCCUGGGUUCGAGCCUUGGGCACUGCGGAAUUUACAUGUGGGCUGCAGCAUCCGAGACCGAAGACCGUUACACGGUGAGCCACAUGGUGACGCCCUGGCAGCGUCCAUGCUCACUUCGGUCUCUAGUUUGGACCACCUCGUUGGGGCCAGGAUACUCGGUUAGCAAAAAAAAAAGAACCAUUCUCUAAAGUGUCAGGAUCAAGCAUGGGACAUCUGUUGUUUGAGGGUUUUCAGACAAGACAGAUUCUUUACACCACAUGUUACGUCAAAUGACGAGAAUUUAAGCCACUUCACGUGCCAUCCCUGAUCCGCUGCGGUGUGCACGUUAGUCUUCUGUCCCCUGAGCACUUUAGCUACUGGGUGUAAGCUCAAGAACUUGGAGCUUGAUAGGUUGCUGCAGUGGUGGAGUUUUGGUUCGUGUACAUGUGUUACACAUGGAGAGUAAUGUUUGACACAUGUUUCGGAGAAUAAAAAGAAAACAUCAAGAUGCGAUGAUGUGUGAUAUUUCUAUAUGCUUGGUUGACGAAAUAAGCAUUAAAGGAAUGUUAUUAGAUCACAAAUUGGAAGAUUUGGUGAUGCUAAAAUAUAGGAAAUAUUAUAUUAGAUAAUAGGAAAAGAUUAUUUAAUAUAUAUUGUGGCUUUACCUAAGAUUAGGGUUAGAGCUUUUACGUUGUAAUUCUCAGAGAGAAACACAAAGGGUUUUGGGGUUUCAUAACUGAGUGAAUUGGUAGACUUGAUCAACAGGUGUUGAGUCAAACAAGUUGAGUGUGUUAGAAAUCGACACGUGUUGAGUUGUGUAAUCGGAUCAAACAAGUAUGUAAGAGAUUGUGUAAAGGAUUUCUAAUAAAAGAUAUACGAGUUCUUGGAAUUACUUUGUGCCUUGUGUUUUCGUUGUAUCUCGAUUUUACAAUUGGUAUCCGAGCAGGACACCUAUACGAAGGAGGGGUCUUCGAACCAAGGUGAGAUCCUGAGAAGAGAAUAUGGCGAUUUUGGCACACAAUAUUUUGCUGCUGAAUAAUGUGAAUUAUGGAUAUUGAAAAGUGAGAAUGAGAGCAAACUUUCGUGGAGCUGAUGAAGAUAUAUGGACAGUUGUUCAAUCUGGAUGAGAAGAACUGUGGGUGAUGCAAGAAGAUGGCUUGAAGACACUUAAAUCGAAGACAAAGUGAACUGCAACAGAGAAAAAACUUUCAAAGUUUAACGCGAAAGCACUGGAUACAAUCUUCAGUUCUGUAGAUGGAAAGAAAUUUGAGCUUAUACAGGACUGUGAAUCAGCUAAGGAGGCUUGGGAUAUACUACAAAAUGCGUUUGAGGGUACUGCGAAUGUUAGGAGGAUAAAAUUGGACUUGCUUACAUCACAGUUUGAAGACAUAAUGAUGAGUGGCGAUGAGAAGAUAGGAGAAUUCAAUGCAAAGCUUAGCUCCAUAGCCAAUGAAGCACAAGUUUAAGGUAAAAAAAUACGAAGAUGCAAAACUGGUGAAGAAACUUUUGCGAUGUAUACUUACUAAGUUUGCAGCACAUAAAGCGGCAAUAAACUUGACGAUGAACACUGGUGAACUCAAGUUUGCUGAGAUAGUAGGGAUAUUAAAGGCUGAGGAGAUGGAAUUGGAAUCUAAGUUUUCAAAGUCUGCUCAAGACUCUAGAGUUACAGUUGAUGAAGACAACCAAAGAGCUCAAAAACUUGAAGAAUCUAUUCAGCUGAUGAUUCAGAAACUUGAAGAAACCAUGAAUCUCUUGUAUAAGAUGUCCAACGACAGACUGCCUAGAGAAGAAGAAAGACAUAAAAUGCAGAGAGGGGUGUGUUUUAAUUUUCAUGGUAUUGGACAUGUCAAAACACAUUAUCCAUCAUUCAAGAGAAAAGAAAUCAAGUGUAAUGGAUGUAAUGGUUAUGGGCCCAUAAAAUCAGAGUGUGUGAACACAAAGAAGAUGAAGAUGAAGAGAACUUGCAGUGAUAAGAAGCCAGAGAGAAAAGAAGAUGCUCUCAAUUUUGUGACUCUUCAUGGAGUUAUGGGGUCUGAAAAAGACAUCACUAAAGGUGAAUUUAGUGCGUCAUAUGGGUCACACACCAAUUUUGAUGCGUCACACAGUGAUACAGAAAGUGAUCUACAUGCGGAUCUUGUAGUUGAAUACCAGAUUCUCUUUGGUAAAUUUGCAGAACUCAGUCACGAAAACUUGCAGCUCAUCAAGGAUAAAGCUAUGUUAAAAUCUCAAGUCAACAUCCUAGAGAUGGAAUAGACUGACACGAAGGGUGAAUCAAAGUGUAGGAUGAUAGAGAAUGAUGAGGAAGAUGAGCUUCAAUCUCUUAAGAGAGUUAUCGCAGAGCAGAACCGAGUUCAACAAGAGUCUGAAAUAA